UGAAAGGUGGUUUCCCCUUUAUAAAUACCCAUCUUUGGCCACUUUCUGAUAUCUCUCCUUCCACUUCUGCUAAGUGGAAAAGAAGAGAGAAAAUAGUAUACUACAUACAAAGGGCUUGAAACUUUGUGCUCCAAUCCUUAAUAUAAAUUGUCUACUUUGUUUCCUUCACCAGGUUGCAACAAUGAGUUCUCCAAACCAAUCCAUGUCAGCUAAUAAUUCUCCUCAGAGGAAGAUGGGAAGGGGGAAGAUUGAGAUCAAGCGGAUUGAGAACACAACCAAUCGCCAAGUAACCUUCUGCAAACGCAGAAAUGGGUUGCUUAAGAAGGCAUAUGAGUUAUCUGUGCUUUGUGAUGCAGAAGUGGCUCUCAUAGUCUUCUCAAACCGUGGCCGCCUCUAUGAAUAUGCAAAUAACAGUGUCAAAGCAUCUAUUGAGAGGUACAAGAAAGCAUGUUCAGAUUCUUCUGGAGGUGGAUCCACUUCUGGGGCUAAUGCUCAGUUUUACCAGCAAGAAGCUGCCAAACUGCGUGUCCAAAUCAGUAACCUGCAGAAUCACAACAGGCAAAUGCUGGGUGAGGCUUUGAGCAACAUGAAUGCCAGGGAUCUCAAAAACCUUGAGACAAAAUUAGAAAAAGGAAUUAGCAGAAUUCGAUCCAAGAAGAACGAGAUGCUAUUUGCAGAAAUCGAGUAUAUGCAGAAAAGGGAGAUAGACUUGCAUAAUAGCAAUCAGCUUCUUAGAGCAAAGAUAGCAGAAAGUGAUGAGAGGAAGAACCAUAACUUUAACAUGUUGCCUGGAACCACAAACUUUGAAUCUCUGCAGCAAUCUCAGCAGCCCUUUGAUUCUCGCGGUUUCUUCCAAGUGACUGGAUUACAACCCAAUAACAAUCAGUGUGCAAGGCAAGACCAGAUCUCACUUCAAUUUGUUUGAUGUGUUUGUGCUUAAGAAGGCAAACACUUGUGUAAUUUGGCAUCUAGUAUAUGAAAGCAGCUGCCUUAUAAAGGAAAUAUAAUCAGAGCUAUGUGGAGGGGAUUUAUUAGGUGUUGCCCUUAGAACUAUGUACUAUAAGCUACCUUGCAUCUAUUGUGGAAGUUUGUAGAGUUGUUUGUGAUAAAAAUGUUUGUUAUGAGAUAUUAAGGUUUGUAACUAGACAAAUUACAAACUCUGCAAUAAGCUACAAAUAUAGACUAUUUUAUUCAUAAGCAUUACUUUGCUAGUGUAUCUUUUUUAUAAAUUGAGUUGGAAGUCUGUUCAUGUAUUGCAUUCAACUGAUAUUUAAA